AACCAGCAACCGUGGCAAAAAGAGGAUAAUGCCUGAGAAGAAAAACCACUGCUUGCUUCUGUAUGGUUCCCAGACUGGACAGGCUGAGGCCAUCACAGAGGAGAUCCAAGAAAACUCUGUUGCACAUGGCCUGGAAUUUGAAAGACAUUGCCUUAGUCAGGUGGAGAAGAAAUUCACCUUGGAAAAAGAGACGUGUGUUGUGAUUGUCACUUCCACAACUGGUGAUGGAGAACCACCCGACACAGCUUUGAAAUUUUUCAGAAGGUUGAAAAAGAAAACACUACCAAGUGAUUACUUAUCACAUCUCAAUUAUGCUCUGCUGGGGUUGGGUGAUUCUAACUAUACUAAUUUUUGCAAUGCUGGAAAGACCCUGGAUAGAAGAUUAGAGGAACUGGGGGCUAAGCGGUUCUAUCCCUCAGGCUGGGCUGAUGAUGCAGUUGGGUUAGAACAAGCAGUGGAGCCAUGGAUUGAGGGACUUUUUCCAGCACUCAAACAGUUUUUAUCCCUUGAUUCACCAAACAAGUCUGGUCCCUGCAGCAAUAAAACAAGCUGUGAUAGUAAUCAAUGUACGGUUAAAUUUGUGGAAAAUACAGAAUGUGUGGUUCAAAGUGGGGAAACUGAAGUGACUAAUGUUAGUGUUGUUACAACAAAUGGUCAUUCAACAAACAGUGGAGAUCCUUCAAACAACGGUGUUGAUUCUAAUGGACAUAAUGGCUUGACCUCAGAAUUUGAUGGAAAAUCAGUAAGUAAUAAUGGAACAGAAUCCUUGGACAGAAAGCUUGAAGAUAUGUUACUAGAAGACGCACCAUCUCUCAGGAAAUCAGUGCAACUGCUCUGUGAUAGUGCUGUAACAGUUCCACUGCUUUCACCUGCAUAUCUCAUCAUAAAGUAUAAUCUAAUAGAAAGUGUAGACCGGUCUCCUUUUCCACUGAAUACUUCUGCUGCAUCAAAUAUUUCCAAUGCCACAAUAAUCAGUGCAGAUAUUUUAACUUCACAGGAUGCACUAAAGAAAACCAUGAAAUUGGGACUGAAACUUGAGAACAAAUUUUCGUACCAACCAGGGGAUUCUGUGUCCAUUUAUUGCCAGAAUGAAGAUAAAGAGGUGGAAAUGCUGUUAAAGAGACUGAAUGUUCAAGACAAAGCUGAUUGCAUUUGUCAGAUUGAGCUUCUGAAAGACACCAAAAAGGCCAAAGCAAUGAUCCCACUCCAUCUCCCUGCAGUCUCUACACUCAGGAACUUAUUCACUUACCAUAUAGAUAUAAGGGAACCUCCCAAAAAAUCUGUGAUAAGACAGCUUGUAGAAGAGACAGCAAACCCUAAAGAGAAACGAAGACUUCAAGAGUUGUGUAGUAAACAGGGUAUGGCUGAUUACACCAAAUUUAUAAGAAACCCUGAGAUAAGUAUACUUGAUCUCCUUCAAGCAUUUCCUUCCAGUCAGCCUUCUGUGGAAAGGUUAAUAGAGUCACUUCCAAAGCUACAGCCACGACCAUACUCGGCCUGCAGCUCACCACUAAAAACACCAGGACACUUAGAUAUAGUCUUCAAUGUGGUCAAUAUUCCAGAGGGGGAUGGUAGGAGCUUUGCAAGGCAAGGAAUAUGCACUGGUAUGUUAGAUAAAAGGACAUCAGAUAUUCAAAACAAAGACUACGAGGAAUCAGAAGGAAUUAAUGGAAAAAUCUUACAGUUGCAAAUUUCAGCAAGAUCAAAUCAGUUUUUCCACUUGCCUGUUGAUGUAUCUGUGUCCCUUAUUUUGAUUGGGCCAGGUACAGGGGUAGCUCCAUUUGUUGGAUUCCUACAACACAGAGAAAUACAGAAAAGCCAUUCUGAAUUUGAGGACCAAGUGUUUGGAGAAAUAUUCCUUUUCUUUGGUUGCAGGAACCAGUCUCAGGACUUCUUAUUCAGGGAAGAGCUUAAGAGACUACAAGAGGUCCAUGUUUUGACAAAAUUAUUUGUCUCAUUUUCCAGAGAAAAUCAGUCUACAGAGGGGCCUAAGUAUGUGCAGGAUAACAUUCUCAAGAAUGCUGAACAAGUGCUUGAUUUGAUAGAGAACAAAAGUGCAGUGAUUUAUGUUUGUGGUGAUGCCAAGAAUAUGGCCAAAGAUGUGAAUCAAACUUUUAUGACAAUUUUGCAAGAAAACAAAGGCUUGAGUGAAAGUGAAGCCAGAUCCUAUGUGACCAAACUGAGGCUGGAGAAAAGGUACUUGGAGGAUGUUUGGACAUAAAAACAAUUUAUCAGCAAUUUUAUUUGUGGUUAGAUACAUCUAUGAUUUAACUUGAUCACUUUUUAAAAAUGAUUUGGCAUGCUUGUUUACUUAGUUUUUUUUUCAAUAAUUAUUAUCUAUUAACAUGAUUAAUUCACAAUAUGUUGGGAUACUUGUAUAAUUUUCAGCAUAUUGAGGAUUUUCUCUUGUUUUGAAUCUUUUAAUGUGUUCGAUGUUUGAAUUUUUUGUUACCAUUUCUAAGAAUAUACUAGUAUAUAGUUUGGA